CCGCCCCCGCAGCGCCCAGCGGCGCGCUGGCGCCGAGGUGCUCGAGCGCCGCAGGCCCAGGGGGCGCCCCGCGCAGCUGCAGCAGCGGCACCAGCCGCGGCGGCAGCCGCGGCAGCAGCCACAGAGGCCUCCUCGGAGGGCGCCGUCGCCGUCUGGCUGCGGAGCCCCAGCGGCGUGAGGGUGCCCGAAACACGGCGGGCCGGACACCUUCCGCGCGGUCCGGAGCCUCGGGGCGUGGCCGACGCCACCUCGGGCGACCUGUCGCGGGCGACCCGCUGCCGCUUCGGCGCCGCCGCGCCCGCGGGCGAGGCGGCCGAGUGGCCCCCGCCCCGGGCGGCGCCAGCGGGGCUCCAGUGGCCCGCGGGGGCGCGGAGGCACGGUGGCCGGCGGGCACAGCCGAGGCCGUGAGAGCCGCCAAUGAUGCAAGCCCGGCCGCGGAGGCGGCACAGCGAAGAAGCGCGAGCGCCCGCCAGGCGGGCAGAGGGGCAGGCGGCGGCGG